CAUAAUUGUUCAAAAUGAAAGGUUUCCCAAGAGUGUUUCGUUUCCUGGCAGUAUUGACAUCUGCUGCCCUGGCAAAUCCUUGGGGCGGACCUGGAGCGUGCGUGCAUUUGAUCAACGUUUACUUGGAGAAGCCGCUGCUCAGCUCGGAUUACAACCAUGACGCUGAUCGACGCCAUGUGACGGUCCUCCGAACCAAAAGCCAAAACUGGGUCAUCACACCGGACGAGAGAUAUCCGGACCAUUACAAAAUCAAGCACAAAAAUCUGGGUGAGGAGCUGUUUGAAUCGGAACAGAACUGGAAUGGAAAUUACGUGUUCACCUGGAUUCCGAAGACGCUCAUCAAUGACGGAGGGGCCUCGUGGAAAAUCAUUUGGAUCAGCGAUGGAACGUAUCUCAUCAAAAACAAAAAGUUUAAUCAUUGCUUGUGGACCCAAGGAACGGAUAACUGGGUCGGUGCUUAUGCAGGCUGCGAUAACUCGCAUUAUUAUUGGAAAAUUCAUAAGAUACCCUGUGCAAUAGGAGAAACGUGAAAGGUGCAAUGAAUAAAAAGUGCUGACCAGUUUUGGGUCACCUUCCA